GACACACAGUCGCCGACACAGCAGACCAUCGAUAAGCGGUUCAACGAUUUCAUGGAUCUGUUGAACAAAAGCAAACACUUUUCCGUUGUUAUGGAGAAUAAUCUGAGACAACAGCGACAAGAGCUGAUCCAAUGCCAAGACACCACUCCUAGCCCUCAGCCAAUUGGCUUUAAUCACCACAAUCUCAAGAGCGACAGUUCUUCUGCUGGACCUCUGAAUCCAAUCAAUUCAUUGACACAAACGAAUGGUACGGAUGAAGCGACUCCGCGAAAGUCUCUCAGACUUCAAGGAGUUUGUAAGAUAAGACUCAAUGAUGACAGCAAUGAUAUAGAGUCGGACGCAGACACGUCUGACACGAGAUCCAGUAGUUCUUCGUAUGAGAAUAAAGGCGUUGCAGUCGAUUCCAGACAACCAUAUCUGGUGUCAGGCACAGUUAUGCGAGACUAUCAGUUGGAAGGACUGGAAUGGAUGCGACUCCUGAUAGCGAACAACACGAAUGGCAUUCUGGCCGAUGAGAUGGGUCUGGGGAAGACCAUUCAAGCCAUUGCUAUUAUCUCACAUAUUAUUGAGUCCAACCAUAAGGACCCCUUUGUGGGCCCAUUCCUCGUGAUCGCGCCGUUGACCACACUUCACAACUGGAAGCUCGAGUUCACCCGUUUUGCGCCAUUAGUUCCGGCGUUUGUUUUGCACGGAAACCAAAAGGAGAGAAAACUACUGUACCCUCAGAUCGCCAAAGCGGCGAACAUUCACUUCGGUUUGCCUAUGAAGAGACGGAAGUGCUAUCCAGUGGUCAUCACGUCGUAUGAGGUGUUCAAGCGAUGCAUCGGUGUUAUGAAGAAACAUAAGUGGAUGUAUGUUGUGGUCGAUGAGGGACACAAACUCAAGAAUAUCAACUGCCAGUUGUCC